AUGCAUGUGGGAAGUAUCUCAACAGCAAUGGAUCUCGAUGAAAUCCAAGAAUUAAUAGGCGGCUCUGCACGCGCUUAUGAGGAAGAAUUAUGGCGUGUAAACAAGCAUAUCCACGAAAACCCUGAACCACAUUACGAAGAGACGCAAGCUCAUGACACCAUCUGUGAUCUGCUGGAGAAUUCUGGAUAUGAUGUUACACGUCAUGCCUACGGACUGUCAACAGCAUUUCAAGCCGAGUUCGGAAAGGGAGGAGGGCUGGUGAGUUAUAAUGCCGAGUACGACGCUCUACCCUGCGAGAGUGAAGGAUACCACCAUGCCUGCGGACAUAACCACAUUGCCACCUCCUCAAUUGCAGCCUUCUUGUUCACCGCAGAUAUGCUCAAAAGGACUGAAAUUAAAGGACGGGUCCGACUCCUGGGUACACCGGCUGAAGAGUCCGGAGGUGAGAAGAUCGACCUUAUCGAGGCCGGUGCAUAUCGUGGAGUGGACGCUAGCCUGAUGGCCCAUCCAUAUUCAAAUAUUGAAUGUGGUGACGGUGAGGCCCAUGCAGCAGCAGCUCCGUGGGAAGGCAUCAAUGCGCUGGAUGCUGUCGUUGCAGCCUAUAAUAAUAUCUCAAUGUUGAGACAGCAGCUGCCGUUGACGCAACGUGUUCAUGGUAUUAUUAGCAAUGGCGGUGAAAGACCGAAUGUCAUUCCAGGAUUGACGACUAUGGAGCUAUAUGCGCGGGCUGCAACUGAUGCAGACUUGGAGAUUUUGUGCAAAAGAUUGGAAAGUUGCAUUCUUGCCGGUGCGCAGGCAAGUGGAUGCCAAGUUGAGUGUUCAUGGGAUCGAGCAUAUAAAAAUCUUCAAAACAGCGAGACUAUUGCGGAAGUUUUCACCAAGUCCAUGAAAAUCAUCGGGAGGGACUUCAAAUCCAAAUCAGAUGAGAAUAUGGGAGGAUCAACGGACCAAGGUUGGAGCCCAUUCAAUGAGAUAUACCAACAGGUGAACAUGGCUGAUCUUUUUUCAGGAAAUGUCACGCACCAGAUCCCUGGAAUCCAUCCACUCUUUCUAAUUCCAACUCCAGAAGGCCGUGAACCCCAUACCCCGAGAUUUGCUACAGCAGCAGGCACAUAUGGGUCUUUUCUCUGCGCAUUAGAUACUGGAAAGGGCCUCGCGGCCGCUGGUUAUCAACUUCUCGCAGACCCUGAUCUUCGACAGAAGGCUUGGAGCGAGCACUUGAAAAAAUAA